GUGGAUAGCUAGGCGAGUGAGAUACGCAUCGUCAUGUACUGACGUUGAAAAUAGUGGCGUGAUGCGAAGGAAUUUCGAAUCGAUCGCAACUUGGCACGAAGGAAAGCUCAGUCAGUCACACGGCAAACGUGCGUCGUGCGACGUCAAAAUCCAAGUGCCUCGAUAACGCGUCACGCACUACCGGCCUAUUAAGCGCGUGAGUCCGUCGAUCAGUGGACCCUCCUUGAAUAAUUGCUCGACGAACUUUGACCAUUGUGACAGAAUCCCUCACGUCGGGCAAUCGGCCUAAUCUCUGCAACCGAUCUCUCUUUGUCGAUUCUCCUAGCAUUCUGUCGUACACUCUCCUGUCCGUUUCGUUUGUCGUUAAAAGCUAGUGAACCGUGGAAAUCGAGCGCAAACAACGCUCGACUAUUAAAGAUUAAAGGAAUGCUAUCGAAAUGGAGCUGGAUUGUUUUUAAUUUCAUCAUCUACACGAGUACUGCUCCGCCGAACGAAGCUCAUGCCGAAACCAAAGCUUUCUUAGAACUAAUCGAAUUGGACUAUGAAGAUAUUUGUUCCAAUACUGCUAAUGCUCAAUGGUCAUUCAUUAUCUCACCUUCCAAUAAAACAUUAUUAACAUGGGAAGAGCAGCAAUAUGAAUAUGCAAAACUUAAGAAGAAACUCAGAAAUGAGAUAAUUGAUUCAAAGAAAGAGAAUCCAAAAGCACAAGUGAAAGAAUCUUUUCAAUAUAAAUAUAAUUUAAUUGAAAAACCCGGCGAUGCAUUACUAAACAAUGAAGAUUGGAAGGAACUAGUAGACUUUGCUGGUGUCGUGGAAUUGGAACAGUCAUCUAAUAAAUUGCAAAACUAUUCGCGGGAAGAUGCAGAAUAUUUACUAUCUCAUAAUGGAAAAGCCAAAACUAAACAAGCCGCUUGGAAUGCUUGGUACAACCACAUGACGCCAUUAGUAAUGAAUUAUUCAAAUAAUUUGCUAUUUGUCGCUGAAGCUGCUCAAGAAAACGGCGCUGAAAAUAUUAAAGAAUAUUGGGAGCUGUUAUCGGGACAUCCUAACGGAUACGACAAAAUAAACAGCGAAUGGAGUCGAAUUAAUAGUCUUCAUAAGAAGAUUGUAAAGUUCAUCAGUGCAAACCUGGCUCAAAAAUAUAAAAUAACUGCGAAUGACACCCUACCUUAUUUACUCGGUAAUUUACAAGGAUACGACUGGACGGAUAUACCAUCAGACGUAUUGCCUUAUUCAGAGUUAAUCUAUGAUAUCAAAAGAAAUCUCUGGAAAAAGAAGUGUGUAGGAAAAUCUUUAUACAAGACUGCAUCUAAUUUGGGCACAAUACUGUUAAAACAAGUUCCCCAAGCUGAAUUUUGGGAUAAUAGUGAAUUCAACGGACAAUGUCCAUCCAGAUUGUUAAACUUUUGUCGAGGUAAAAUGAGAGUGUCUACCUGUUCCAAAGCUAGUGUGAGUAACUUUUUGAGAGCUCACGAAGACGUCGGUAAAAUUUUGUUCAAUCAAAUAGCUGAAGAAACCACCCCUGUUCUUAACAUAGUUAAUAGAUAUUCAGGAUUAGAAGAAAGUAUAUCGACGCUGUUUGGAAUAUUGUCAGUAAGUCCUGCAUGGUUGAAACAUACUCAUUUAAUGAACGUUACUGACAAUGUCUCCUAUCAAGAGAAACACAUGAUUGCGUCUUUAAUGUUAACCGCGCUGAAUGUAUUUCCACGAUUAGCUUAUUAUUACUCAGCAGAUUUGUGGAGGAUAAAUGCAAUUGAUAAGAAUAUCACCGAUCCGACCGAUUUGAUGUCGUCCUGGUGGAAGUAUAGGCAAGAGUACGAAGGCAUGUCUCCUAUCACGGAUAGCCCCACCUUUUUGGACGAUGGUUACAUUGUUAGAAAUAAACCAUAUCUUCCAAAAAUUCUUGGUAUAAUACUAGCUUUUCAAUUAUAUGACUACACGCUGGAGUCGACCGAAGUGAGAUACGAUAAUAUUACUGGAAAAUUAAUAAACGGCAAAAUAAUCAAGAUGAUUCAGCAAGGAGGAGCCGAUGAUUGGCAAGCUGUUUUGAAUAAUUUCUUAGAUAUAGAUGAUAUAAUUGUAGACCCGCUCAUUUCCUAUUUUACACCGCUCGAAGAAUUCAUCGAAGAAAACGAAAAUUUCGAGUAUAAAUCUGGAGCGACAACGGACAAAGAACUUGAAGAAUUGGAGAAACACAUUUUGAAAGAGAUCAACACCCCCUCUACGACACCUGUGCCGAUUACUACUACAAACCAAAUAACAACAAAGGCUGCGUCAUCGUCGUAUAAGAAAAUAAGCAACGACAAGAAUAUGCAAACAAAAGUGGAGAAAUCUCUGGACUCUAAAUCGUCCGUAUAUAUUCAAGAAGAUAAGCCAAAAAAAUCCGAGACAAAUUCAUCAAUCGACCUUUCCGUCGAUGAAUCGUCAUCGACCGAUGCUACGAAUGAUGCAGAAAAUGAUACGCCAAAGAUUAACACUCAUAAAGCGAUAUGGGCCGUGAGCGCAGUUCUCAUAGCGAUAGUUGUCAUUUGUAUCAUCGCGAUUUUUGGAAGGCGAAGAUGUCGUAAAAUACCAAAAAAUAGACGGUACGUUUAGCAGAAUAUAAACUUGCUACUAAACAUAUUUAUUUCUCGCAUUUGCAUUACUAGAAAAAUCGAUUGCGUAAGUUAUUAUCACAAACGAAGCCUCUCGUUGCGAGAGACUGUUCUUGAAUUUAUUAUUUAAUUUCGGAGCAUUCAACAUCACGCAUUCCUCAGUGAUGUUCCUUGCUACGUAUAUUUUCCUUCGCGGACAUCUAACGACUACUUCACUUUCAAUCACAAUUGCCUUUCAUCACUACCUCCAAAUCUUGGGAAAUAAAUUUUCUAGCUGCUCGUAUCGUUCGCGCGAUAUUACGAAAGUCCUAGACGCAAUCUAGAUGCAGCUCUACCGAUUUAUACUAAGUGUAAAUUUAAUAUCCUAUCAUUUUGGGUAUCCUAGAAUGAUAUUAUGCGAAUAAGUUAAAACACAACAUCACGCAUAAGAACGUCUUAAGAGAAUAAAAUACAAUUUGCAUAUUGUAAUUCGUAUAUCGUAGAAUAACUUCUAUACAAAAUACUUUAAGAUAUUACGUAUACGUUCCCUGAUUGAAAUGCCAAACCUAUACCUCGAUGACUAGCUCAACGUCAUAUUACGUCUGUAGCACAACUAAUCAAGUUGCAUAAGCAUUGUACAUAAUCACAAACGAUAGAAAGAGACGUUUGAAAAAAAAGUGAUGUAGUUAAUUAAUUAACAAAAUAUAGAAUUUACGCAUGAUGAUUAUUAUCAUUAUGCACGGCUAAAUAUUUCAGUGUACUUAGUAUAAGUAGACUAUUUUUCUACAAAUAUUUAGUAUUGUCUUCAAGUAUUGUGCUUGUGCGUUAUUUAUAUAUCAUUGUAAAAAAUUUAUAUUUUUUAUAAAAAUACCAUAUAGAUGUACCUGUUCGUAGGCCAGGACAAUAAAAUAUUCUACAAAUGGAAAACGAUUCGAUAAUCGGGUGUAAGCGAUUGUGCCAAAGAAAUCGCGCGUGUUCUAUUUGUAAUAUCUCCAAAUGUUCAGAUAGCAUACAAUCGAAACUAUGACAAUUGCUAAAGCGUGCAACGCACGCUGUAUUUAUUAAUUAAAAUAAAUAUUUUGCAGACACAAAAGAGAAAA